AGAGAGAGAGAGAGAGAGAGAGGAAAGCAUGUAUAACGCGUGUGCACGUGUGUAUUCCUGGGCUGCGUUCGGAAACGUUAUCCAGAUGUACCCGUUGCGUUGGAGUGAGUGAAUUACAAGAGUGAGUCAUAACCUUGAAUAUGAGUGUGAUUGAUGUAGCUGAAUGGAAGCGCCUGCAAUCCUUAAAGGAAAAAAAACAGAUAUUUCAAAAAAGAGAACAGAUUAUACAGAAAGCACUGGCUAACUUAUAUAAUAUUACAAACAAUAAAAAAAUUAUCUUUGACAAUAACUUUGGUGAGCAACAAGAUUCAAAACCAAGAGAAAAAGAAAAGGUAAAUUUAUUUGAAGAUGACAGCAAUGAUAAUAAUGAAGAUCCUCUAUGGGAUAAGAAUACAUUCAACACUAGAAAAUAUGAAAAGGUUACUCUAGGUCAUGAUACACGAUUUACUUUGGAUGAACGCUUCGUAGAAAAUGAUUAUCAAAAUAAAACUAAAGUUAUUGCUGCUGAUGUUAAAUGUGAUUUGCAAAAAGAGAAAAAGAGAGAACUAGAUAUUUUAGAAAGUGUUUUGGGAGCACCUCUUACAAUAAAAAGUCAAAAAAUUAAAAUAUCUAAGGAAAGGUUGAUAAUACGGUAUGAUCCGUCCGAAAAAAAACAUUCUGAAUAUGAAAUAACAUCUACAGAGUCAGAGACAAAGAAGGAAUGUACCAAGAAAAAGAAGUGUGAAAAAACAAAAAUUGAAGAACCUGUACCCAUAAAAGUAUCAAAAGAUAUUUAUUACACUGUAUCUGAUACCUUGAUAGAAAGCUUAAGACAAAACAAAGAAUUUAGCUUACUAAAAGCAUGCGGGAGAGAAAACGAUACAAAUGUCGAUGAUCGUGAUGCCCAGAACUGCAAUAUCGAGAAUUUUAACGUAUCUAUGACGAAAAAUAAUAAUAUAGAUGGAAAGUAUAGAUUUCAUUUUAGUGCGAAUAAUAUGUUUAAACAUGAUUCAUUUGAUAACGAAGAUGAGAAUGAAAUAUUUGAUUUGGAUGAACAAAUUGUCGAACAAUCUGAAAAUAAUAAUCGUAUAAAUAGCAUGUUUGGAUAUAAAGAUACUCUCUUUUUUGAGAAUGAUGAUGUACGAUUUAAUGAGGCUAUGAAAUUUUUCAAUGUAGAAGUUGCUUCAAAUGAUGAGUUCAAGAAUUUGAGGCGUGAGUUGAAAGUUAUUGUACGUACAAAAAUUCGCAGAAAUGAGAAGAAAUAUCAACCAUGGAGCAAAAAAAAAACAAUAAAAAAAUUAUAAUGUUUCUUCAUUUUCUUUUAGUUCCAUUUUUGUAAAAGUUUAAUACCACAUAUAAUAUACAGAGUGAUUUAAAAUAA